AUGGCAUGUGACACGCCAGGCACCAAUUUCUAUCAGGCAGCAAUUGGCGCCAGGCAUCAAAAAACUGGGGUAUCAUCAUAUUCUUCUUGGGCAAAUAUCCUCACUGCCCAACAAGGACAGGACUGCUAUAUUCUAUCAAGCGCUCAACCAUGGAACACGCUGGUAUGCCAAACACUCGCGAUAGCCUCGCAAUCUGAGCAAUAUAGUUACUUAUACCGAAUAGCCGCAGCAGAGUCCCCGAACCGCACGAUGGCAAGCAGCACGAAACGCAUCGGCGAGGAUGCAGAGAACGGGAUUAACGAACGUAUUACGGGCUACCAUACUUUUGUUAUCCAAAAACCAUCGACGAUUACUGCAGACGGUCUCCUCGUAGGAGUUACGCGCCAUGGCCAACUCGGCGAGGAAAAGACCGAAAAGUCAACGGGAGCAGCGGGAUGGGAUGUGGAAUUUGGCGAUCGUGUCAGGGUGUUUAAUGUCAAUGUAGUAGUCAAACCACGGUGA